CAGGUCCUUGGAGACGUGACCCCAAAGAGCCCCGGGAGGUCAGGCUUGGGGCGGCAGGAGGUGAGGGCCAAGUAAGGAACAAGGAGCCCCAGGAGUCACGUCCCCAAAGUCACCCUGUGGCAACUGGCACAAGUGAUCCUUAUGUGAAAUUUAAGCUGACUGGGAAGGUGCUGUACAAAAGUAAAGUCAUAUAUAAGAACUUGAACCCAGUUUGGGAUGAGAUAGUUGUAUUGCCAGUACAAAGCCUUGAUCAAAAGCUACAUGUGAAGGUAUAUGAUUGAGAUUUAACCACAUCUGAUUUCAUGGGUCCUGCAUUUGUCAUUCUCAGUGAUCUUGAGCUUAACAGAACAACUGAACAUAUUUUAAAACUGGAAGAUCCAAACAGUUUAGAAGAUGACAUGGGAGUGAUCAUCUUAAAUUUGAACCUAGUGGUAAAACAGGGUGAUUUCAAGAGACAUUCCUCUUUGAUAUGCAACCUACGGCUCUCUGAGUCCUUGAAAAGAAACCAGCUCUGGAACGGGAUUAUAAGUAUAACUUUGUUGGAAGGGAAGACUGUCUCAGGAGGAAGCAUGACAGAAAUCUUUGUCCAGUUAAAACUGGGAGAUCAGAGGAUGGGCAUUUUGGACAUUGAAGUGUGGAGAGAGGACAGUAAAAAGCAGGAGGAAAGUCUGGGCAGGUGUAAAGUGGAUAUCUCCACACCCCCUCUGAAGCAAGCCAACUGCCUGGAGCUGCUGCUGGACAGCUGUCUGGGGACAGCGAAAGAAAGCAGAUUACCCAGCCAUAGAAUUUCUCAGGAUCAAGUGAGAACCUAACUAAAAUGUGGCAAUGUAAGCAGCAGAGCAGGAAGAACCUUUAAGUCGGAAACUUACAAAAAGUCAAUUUCAUAGUCAGUUUCUUUGGUCCUUCCACAACCACUUCUGGGAUCUGUUUUCUCUACAAUGGAGGUGUGGUCCUUGCACGAUGACUUCCUUCCAAAGGAGUGUAGUAUGGAGAAGGAGAAAAAAG